GCAAGGGAAGCCCAACUUCCCAGGAACACUUGGAAUUUCCUGGUUUCUGCUGAUUUUUGAGGCCUAGGACGGCACCCCCCAACACAACUCAGAGACCUGACAAUGUCUCUGUAUUGUGGAAUUGCUUGCAGGAGAAAAUCUUUUUGGUGCUAUAGGCUGCUGUCAACCUAUGUCACUAAGACCCGGUAUUUAUUUGAACUGAAGGAAGACGAUGAUGCAUGUAGAAAAGCUCAGCAGACGGGAGCAUUUUACCUCUUUCAUAACCUGGCUCCUUUGCUUCAGCAAUCAGAACAUCAGUACCUGCCCCCCCAGCAUCGCCUAUCAGAGUUGGAAAAGCUCCUGGAUAAAUUUGGCCAGGAUACACGAAGAAUAGAAGAUUCUGUGCUGAUUGGAUGCUCCGAACAACAUGAAGCAUGGUUUGCUCUGGAUCUAGGUCUAAAUAGCUCCUCUCCCGUAAACGCCUCCUUACGGAAACCUGAAAUGGAGACAGAGCUCAAGGCGUCUUUCAUCGAGUUGCGGAAGGCUCUCUAUCGGCUGAAUGUGAAGGAGGCCUCCUUGCUGUCCACGGCGCAGGCUCUCCUCCGUUGGCAUGAUGCUCACCAGUUCUGCAGCCGAAGUGGGCAGCCCACCAAGAAGAAUGUGGCUGGCAGCAAGCGUGUGUGCCCUUCCAAUAAGAUCAUCUAUUAUCCGCAGAUGGCUCCUGUGGUGAUCACUCUGGUGUCAGAUGGGACUCGAUGCCUGCUUGCCCGCCAGAGUUCCUUUCCCAAGGGAAUGUAUUCUGCCCUGGCGGGUUUCUGUGACAUAGGUGAAACUCUGGAAGAGGCUGUCCAUCGAGAAGUUGCAGAAGAGGUGGGACUGGAGGUGGAAAGACUGCAGUACUCUGCAUCCCAGCACUGGCCCUUUCCCAAUAGCUCACUCAUGAUUGCUUGUCAUGCAAUUGUGAAACCAGGGCAGACAGAGAUCCAGGUGAACUUAAAAGAACUAGAAGCAGCUGCCUGGUUUAGUCAUGAUGAGGUGGUCACAGCCCUGAAGAGAAACCACCCAUAUGCUCAGCAACAGGAUGGGACUUUCCCAUUCUGGUUGCCCCCUAAGUUAGCCAUUGCCCAUCAACUGAUUAGGGAGUGGGUGGAAAAACCGACCUGCCCCUCCCUGCCUGCUUAGCUCAGAUCACCUAGGCCCCUCCUCAGUAUCCCGGCGGGAGGGGGCACAUCAAAGAUCUGUUGAAAAGGGGAAGGUGACAAAGGCCAUAUCCAACCAAAUUCAUGUUAAGGCAGAGAAGGUGAGCCUACAUACAGCAAGACAUCUCUACCAGCAGAGUUAAUGAAAGAAGUUCCUACUCCUAGGCAACAAAAAAUGCCAGCGUGAGAAAACGAAUGAGAUGGCAAUUGUCAAAGUCAGAGGGAAGUUGAAGCUUUAUUUGAGAUGUGGGCCCUUGUUUACCCGUUUUCUCCGAGGCCUUGGGAGUAAACAUCUUUUGGCAUGUGGCUUGUUAAUGCUGGGUUUAUAUCGAACUGCCAAAAUGUGCCUGGUGUAAUUUUGGUUAAAACUUUUAUCUGGCCCUAACCGGUUUGGCUCAGUGGAUAGAGUGGCCUUCGGACUGAAGGGUCCCAGGCUCGAUUCCGGUCAAGGGCAUGUACCUUGGUUUCGGGCACAUCCCCAGUAGGAGGUGUGCAGGAGGCAGCUGAUCGAUGUUUCUCUCUCAUCGAUGUUUCUAACUCUAUCCCUCUCCCUUCCUCUCUGUAAA